AUGCGUAACUUGAUUACUCUCAACAGAGGUCGGUUUCGGCCAGUCUCAACUCAAAUACCAGACCUUAAAUUGUAUGCCAGCGUUUUCGAUACUUUGUCUGACAGCAUUACAUGCGCCACAGGUGAUCUACAAAUAGGCGCGUUGGAAGUACACCAGUACAUGAAAGAUGGUAGCUGUAAUGUUCUAGCAUCUUUCAACAUACAAACCUUCGACGACGAAUUACUAUCGUUCGCGCACUUUGCGGACCUCAGUCAACUUGUAUUUGUGAUGGCGCAAGGCGAUAUUGUGACAGCGACAUAUGACCCAAUAUCUUUUGAUCUAUCUGUUUCAAUGGUAGAGAUUGUUGGCUCUAUCGAUGGGGGCAUUGCCGCUGCCGAAUGGUCGUGCGACGAAGAGACAUUGGCUUUAGCAACAAUGGAACGUAAUAUUGUUUUGCUGAGUAGACAAUUUGAGCCGAUCACAGAGUACAAAUUGGCAAGUGACGAUCUCAGAAUGUCGAAACAUGUAAAUGUGGGGUGGGGUAAGAAGGAAACUCAAUUUCGAGGUAAGGGUGCUCGUGCUAUGGAAAGAGAAGCUCUCGAAAGCUUAAAGGCAUCUGGCCUCAAGGGAAAUGAAUUGAGAGAUCCAACUAUGCCUUACGUGGUUGAUAGCGGAGAGUUAGGCGCCAUGGAUUCAGGGAGAACAUCUAUAUCAUGGAGGGGCGACUGUGAAUAUUUUGUGGUGUCCGCAAUCGAAGAUAUCGCAGAAGAAAAUGAAGAAAGGUUGCACAGAAGAGCACUCAGAGUUUUUUCUCGUGAAGGACAACUGGACAGUGCGUCAGAACCCGUAGACGGUCAAGAAGACCUUCUGAGCUGGAAGCCUCAAGGUUCUUUAAUUGCCUCUAUCCAACGAAAGGAUCGGGUUCCAGGUGAGGAAGCUAUCAACCUCAUAUUUUUCGAAAGAAAUGGUCUAAGACACGGCGAAUUCGAUACAAGAUUGCCGCUAGAAGAUAAAGUCAAAUUUUUAAGCUGGAAUUCUAAUUCAGAAGUGCUAGCGAUCGUUCUCUCUAAUAAAAUCAUGCUAUGGACUACAAAAAACUAUCAUUGGUAUUUGAAGCAAGAAAUAUAUGCACAAGAUAUCAAAUUUGUCAGAUGGCAUCCCGAAAAGGAUUUCACCCUUAUGUUUGGGGACGAAAACUGCGUUAAUAUUGUUGAUUUCGCCUAUAAACUUGCAUUAGGCCCCACUCUAGGGCCUUGCGAUUCGGGCACUGUUCUUGUGAUUGACGGCUGCACGCUUAAUAUCUCACCUCUGGGUAUAGCGAACGUUCCCCCUCCCAUGUACUAUAGAGAUUUUGAGGCGCCGGAUGCUGUUUUAGAUGCCGCUACUAGUCUUUCGAACGAGUUGUACAUUGUCACUACUAAAGAAGAACUAAUAUUGGCUGGCGUUCCUAGUCUCGAGGACAUGAAGAGGGGUCUGCAUCCAUGUACGUCCUCUAGCAUUCCCAAGUCACUAUUUGCAACCGAAUAUGAUAACUUACGGCAGGUUGCGUUCAUUAACGAUAACGUGGUGGGUGUUUUACUGGAUGCCAAUAACUUAUCUCGUAUUGCACUGAUAGAUGUGACAGACGUGCAACAACCAUCACUUCUCAGCAUUGUUGAAACUAUGAACAAGGUUGUUUUACUACGUUCUGGUUUCGAAUACAACUACAUGGUUUAUGAGACCAAAGACUCUCGGGUUUUUCAAUUAGAUCAAGAGGGACAAAUCACCGAAAUAGUCAAGUUUCCCCAACUUGUUCGGGAUAUUCGAGUCAAGAGACUCGAGAACUCGACAGGUGCGAAUGCAAGUGGCAUAAUUGAAGAUUCUGAACUUGUAGCGUUUGGACUUGCUGCGAAUGGUAAGCUUUACGCUAAUGAUGUUUUACUUACUAGCACAGUGACCUCAAUGGAGAUUACUGACAAAUUUUUGAUGUUCACUACUGCUCAGCACAACUUACAAUUUGUUCAUCUUAACUCUACCAACUUCAAGCCACUACCCGUUGUUUUAGAAAACGUUGACGAUGAGAGGAUUAGAGCCAUUGAAAGAGGGUCUCUGUUGGUGACCGCCAUUCCAUCGAAAUCAUCAGUUGUACUGCAAGCGGCGCGUGGUAAUUUGGAAGUAAUCUGUCCCCGAAUUAUGGUUUUGGCUGGCAUAAGAGAGGACAUUUUGGCAAAACGGUAUCACGAUGCGUUAGUAACCUGCAGAACUCACAGAAUUCAUUUAGACAUUCUUCAUGAUUAUGCUCCUGAACUUUUCAUUGAGAAUUUGAAACACUUUAUUGACGACAUUGAAAGGGGUGAUUAUUUGGACCUUUUCAUAUCUUGCCUGAUGGAGGAAGAUGUGGCGGCCACCAAAUACCGGGAAACUCUUGGUAUAACAAUGGACCAAUCGUUUGAAACCACACCACAACCGCUGACCGAGAUGGAAAACUAUAUGAAGAAGAAAAUGUUUGAUCCAAAGAAAUCUAAAGUCAACAAAAUAUGCAACGCUUUACUGGAAAUUUUUAUGAGUGAUGCAGAGUACAAGAACAAGUAUUUGCAGUCAAUCAUAACAGCAUAUGCAUGUCAAAACCCUCCCAAUUUAGAAGAGGUACUGAUUCUGAUUCCAUCACUUGACGAGGAUGAUAAAAAGGAAUCAUGCUUGACCUACUUAUGCUUUUUGCACGAUGUAAACGUACUUUACAAGGUUGCUUUGUCUUUGUACGACGUCAAACUCACACUUGCAUUUGCUCAGAAAUCCCAGAUGGACCCUCGAGAGUACCUACCAUUCCUGCAGAGCCUUCAUGAACAAGAACCACUAAUGCGCAAAUUUGUUAUUGAUGAUCACCUCAAGCGUUAUGAAAAAGCUCUAAAUCACCUUUCCGAAGUCGAGAAAGAUUCGAAUGGUCUUUCGGACAACAUUAUUGACUAUAUCCAAGGUCACGACUUGUAUCAAUAUGCCUUGGCUCUGUUUAGAUAUGAAGCUGAGAAGCAAAAUGCUGUUUACAACGUUUUCGCUCCACACUUAUCGUCGAAGCAAGAAUAUGGAGAGGCAGCCAUCAUUCAUGAAAUGUUGGGUCAAUUCGAGCUGGCACUGGAGGCCUACACGUUAGGUAAAAAGUGGAAUGAGGCCUUAACGCUUGCCUCAUUGUAUUUCAGAGAAAAAAUACCCGAGGUCGCUGAGCAAUUAGUAUCUGCCUUGUCGUUUGAUCACAAGUACGCUGAUGCUGCUGAAAUCGAGCUGAAUUUUUUGAGCAAUACCAAAGAAGCCAUGCAGCUGUAUUGUAAGGCGUUUUUCUUUGAGAAGGCUGCUCUAGUGGGAGCUACACAUGGAUCUCCUCAACUGAUAGAUGAAGUCCUUGGCCCAGCACUGGGAGAUGGAUUUGGAACUGUUGCAGAGCUGAUUGCUGACUGUAAAGGCCAGGUAACUUCACAAUUAAAAAGACUGCGCGAACUACGACAGAAGAAGGAUGAGGAUCCUUAUGCCUUCUAUGGAGAGGAAACAGAACAGGCUGACGAUAUCUCAAUUGCUGCCUCAGAAACGUCGACUAAGGAGUCCUUUUUUACACGGUAUACCGGCAAAACCGGCGGAACUGCUAAGACGGGAGCCUCCAGACGUACAGCGAAGAAUAAACGUCGUGAGGAGCGCAAACGCGCCCGUGGUAAGAAGGGAACUAUCUAUGAAGAGGAAUAUUUAGUUCAAUCUAUUGGUAGAUUGAUAGACAGAUUGACUCAAACACAAGCUGACGCCGUCAAGUUGAUUGAAGCGCUGUUGAGGCGUGGAAGAAAGGAGGAAGCUCACCAAAUUCAAAAACACUAUGAUGAGGUCAUGAAUAUGCUGAAAGAGCACGUCAUUGAGAUUUACACCAUCAGUGAGAAAGACAGAGAAAGAAUCGACGAAGAGGGCAACGUCUAUCAUGUUCCGGUAAUUCCUGUACCAACUAUAAAGGACUUUGCCACCAGGCAUAUAAUUGAUUUCUAA